CUCUGUGAAGUUCCGAUUCGGAGCUUUACUCGUCUUUAGAGUUUGGAGUUCAGUAAUCAGUUUGAUAUCAGACGUGCAGUAGUGAACUCGUGUGUACGGGACUUUACUGUCGCACGAAGUUGAAACGUUCUAUGGAUAAUUGGAUACAUACGGAUUUUCUUGUGGUAUGUGUUUUGAUAUGGGGUUUGACCGUUAAUUGGAAGUUUGUCAUGUGUGAAGCUUAAAGCGGUUUAAUCUAAAAAAAAACGAUACAAUACACGCAAAAUGAGCUGGCAAAUAUUAGCACUUACAUGCACCAUUCUGAUCUUACAUAGUAAUACAGAAGGCAUUCCACAUCAUGAGAAGCGUGAAGCUCCAUCCGAUCUAUGUAAACAAGUAUUCAAUGCAACAAAUAAAGUACAAUGCUUCUGCACGAAAGAUACUCAUGAACCAAAAACAAUAAGAUCAGCUGAUUGCUAUCCCACCAUCAAUGACGUCGCACCAGAUGACCCCAUUUGGUCAACAUUCGAAGACUUAAAGAACCUUCAUAAACUUACAUUUGCAAACACAAGAGGGAUCGUCUUAAAAUACAUACCAAAACGUGCACUUGAGCAUACCAAGUAUUUGCUAAAACUUGAGAUGAAAUACGGUAACAUCGAAACAAUAGAAUCGUUUGAUUUCGCAAAUUUAACUUUCAUCGAAGAAAUCACACUACGAGACAAUCAAAUAAAAGUGUUAAAGAAGAACGCAUUUGCACAUCACAGGGAUUUGGUCACUCUUGGUCUUGAUACAAAUGUAAUUGUUGAAAUAAACAGAGACGUCUUCAUCGAUUUACCCUCUCUUGAAAAGCUUUAUCUUACGAGCAAUAAAAUAACUACGAUUCAUGAUAGAGCAUUUAUACACUUAACCAACUUAAAGGAACUCGAAAUAGACAGAAAUAUUCUAUUUAGCCUUAACAGUGAGACAUUCUCGGGCUUAAAUAAAUUAGAAAAACUUGAUCUCAGUAGCAAUAGCUUGGAAGUAAUUGGUGAUAAUACAUUUUUACCACUUAGUAAUCUCAAAUCGUUAAAUUUGGAUGGAAAUAAAAUUGAAAUGCUGGACGAGAAGGCCUUUCAUGGUCUUCCUAAACUACAGUCGCUUUCACUUGCUCAUAAUUCAAUCAAAGAUUUAGGAAAUGAUAAACUAUUCAUAGGAUUAAAGUCUUUAAUGGUAUUGAACUUAAAAAGCAAUCAGAUUAGCAAUUUGAAACCUGAAGUGAUGGAACCAUUACUUGGUAACUUGGCAAAGAAUAUCAGCAGUUUAGAUGUUGAGGAUAACAUGUUCCCUUGCGACUGUCGUCUGGAUUGGUUCCUGUACCUGAUGAAUACCACUAGCAGUCAUCACUUAUCGCUGGGCAUCGAAAACCUGAAAUGUAUUCCAUCUAAUGAAAUUCGUGAUAAGUGGACGAAAACAGUUGAAGCUGAGAAAAACGCACCAGAAACUGAGGACAAUGCACCUAGUAACGAUUACGAAUACUACGACGACACACAACUAAGUGGCAAACUGUUUUACAUCGACAUGCGCUUUCUGUUAAACUGUACAGCAAAUUUCGAUAAUUUACUAAAAUCAGAACCAGUAACGAACAAACCAAUUAUAACAAAACAGAAAGAAACUUCUGUAACUAGCACUACUAAGUUAGUUACAAUAACAACAACUCUAACAAACACUGAUAAAGUUACAAAAAAUCCAUUGAAUGCAAAUGCAGAGCCAACGACGAAACAUCCAGAGACAUUAAUUGACAAUAAUUCUGUUGGCAAUAUAAAGAAGUCAGAUUUAUACACAACUAGCAAAUUGUCUACUGUGUCAGCAAAGCCUAUGGCUAACAAUUUAUUUGAUGACCAUGAUAUGGCAUCUGAUGAAGGUAAACCUGAUAAAAUAAAAGCACAUAGAAGUAUUCAAGACGAUGUAAAUGAAUUUGUUGAAGAAAGAAAGAACAUUGGAUCUAAAAAUAUCGGAUGUAUAACUAUGUAUAUCGCGGCACUUAGUAUUAAAUUAGUAAUUUAAGUUUUAACUGAUAUAUCUCAUGUAGUUUAUUAAGUCGUUAUUUAACUUUCACAGUCAUUUAGAUAUUAUAUUAUAGGCUAAUAAAAGAUUGUUUAAUAAAAUUUUAGGUUGAACUAUGA